AUGAAAAUGAGCGGAAACAAGGUGAAACCCAUUUUUCGAGAUCUCGAUCCGGAAGAUCCCGAACCGGAAGCUACGAAAGUCGAAAGUCUUUGCGUAAAUUGUCAGGAAAAUGGUACGACUCAAAUACUUCUCACGAAAAUUCCAUUUUACAAAGAAGUCGUUUUGAUGUCAUUCGAAUGCCAACAUUGCGGAUAUAAAAACAACGAAAUACAACCCGGGGGUACGUUGGAAGAAAAAGGGAUAAGAAUCACAUUGACGGUGAAAUCGGUGAAAGAUUUAAAUCGGCAAGUUUGCAAAUCGGAUUACACUUGCGUCAAAAUACCCGAAUUGGAUUUCGAAAUACCUUCCAUGUCGCAAAAAGGUGAAAUCACGACGGUCGAGGGUAUAAUAAACCGGAGCGUGGAAGGUUUGGAACAAUCGCAAGACGAGAGGAGAGAAAAAGAUCCGGAAAAUGCGGAAAGAAUCGAUUCGUUUGUUAAAAAAUUGAAAAAUUUAAAAAACGUCGAGUCUCCUUUCACGAUGAUAAUAGAAGACAUAAGCGGAAAUUCGUUUAUAAGUAAUCCUCACGCACCUGGAAAAGAUACGGAAUCUGUGACGACUUACUUCGUCAGAAACAAAGAUCAAGAUCACGCUUUGGGAAUAUAUAAACAAGAUGAAAUUUUAGAUGCCGAAUCCGCGGGAGUUUUAAAACCCGCAAAUCCCGAAGAAUAUUCAUACGAAAAAAUGAUACAGGAAGUCAUGCAGUUUCAAACGAAUUGUCCGGAUUGCAAUUCUCCCUGUGAGACGAACAUGAAACUGACCAAAAUUCCCUAUUUCAAAGAAGUUGUCAUAAUGGCGACAAAUUGUGACGUUUGCGGUCAUCGUUCGAACGAAGUCAAAUCCGGCGGCGGAAUCGAACCCCAGGGAAUAAGAAUUGAGCUCACGAUAUCAAAUCCCAAGGAUUUAACGCGUGACAUAUUAAAAUCGGAAACGUGCGACGUAACGAUACCCGAACUGGAGCUGGAAAUGGGUCCGACGACGUUGGGGGGACGUUUCACGACCGUCGAAGGGAUAUUGGUAGCAAUGAAAGAACAAAUAGCGGAAUCAAAAACUCUUUUCAAAGACAGUCAAGAUCCGGAAAUAAAAAAAAGAAUACAAAAAUUCACGGAUGAUUUCGAAGAAUUGAUGACGUUGAAAAAACCGUUCAAAUUAGUUUUAGACGAUCCGGCCGGAAAUAGUUACGUGCAAAAUUUAAUGCAUCCGAAUCGGGAUGAAAGUUUAAACGUGAUCAAAUACGAAAGAACAUACGAUCAAAACGAAGAACUCGGUUUGAACGACAUCAAAACGGAAAAUUACGAAACGGCCGAAUAA